AUGAACGUACGUUGUCAUCAUUGUAGUGCAAAACCUGUUGCUGCUGAAGUCGUUUCAAAUAAACCUAAUUCUUUCAAUGACUGUUGUCGUCAUGGUGAAGUUGCGUUAGAACCUCUUCCAGAAUUUCCGUUGUUGUUAAAAUCCUUAUUCGAAGGCACUCAUAACAAAUCGAAAAACUUUUUCGAACGUAUUCGCAAUUUCAAUAGUUCGUUCUCUUUCGCUUCUUUUAAUGCUAACUUGGUUGAUUUAUCUUCUCAAAGACGGGGCCCAUAUUGUUUCAAAAUACAAGGUCAAAUUUAUUAUCAAAUGAAUACUUCAAUAUAUCCAUCUUCGGAUGAAUCACCAAGUUAUGGUCAACUAUUUAUUGUAGAUUCGACUGAAUUAGUAGAAUAUCGGUCUGAAAGAAAUGUGGAUUGCGAUAAAGAUCUUUUACAAGCCAUCGAUGUGACAAUUUGUCAGCAUAACGUUUUCGCGAAAUCCUAUCAAAUGAUGAAAGAGGUAUUAAAAGAUCAAUCAACAAUUAAUGUAAAUGGUGAAAUUGUUGAACCCGAGUUGAAUUUAAUUUUUUCAUUGAAACCUGGUAUGGAUAUUAGAAGGUAUAAUUUGCAAAGGGAAAAUGAAGUCGCUGCAGUUUUUUCAAUGGCGGCUGAUGGUGAAAUUCCUGGAUCAUAUGUUACGAUUCAAAAUAAAACAUCAAAAACAUUUCAAUAUUUAAGUACAAUGAAUCCUAACACUGAACCCUGGGUCUAUCCUCUAUUUUAUCCUUAUGGCAAUCAAGGAUGGCAUCAGUCUAUACCAUACGUGUAUAAAACCCAUCGAAGAGUAACUCGAGCGGAUUAUUAUAAGUAUCGAUUGGCUAUCCGGAACCACUUCAACGUUUUUUUAAUGGGACGUCGUUUAACUCAACAAUGGAUAGUAGACAGUUAUGUUAAGAUAGAGAAAGAUAGAUUAAAUUACUGUAAAUUUAAUCAGAAAAAAUUGCGGGCCGAAUCUUAUCAAGGUUUAUUAGACCAUUUACAAUCACGGCUUUCUAAUAACAAUACAAAUUCAAAUAUAGGCAAAAUUGUUAUUUUACCAUCAAGUUUCUUGGUGGUGCAAUCUGGUGCAUUGCAUAUAUGCGGUGCAUAUAUUGCAAACCGGUGCAAUAUAAUUGACGCCGAACUAUUACAAAUUCCUACACAAGAUGAAUCGCAAUCAUACUACAGUAAAUUAAAUGUCGAUCAAAAAGAAGUAGUAGAUUUUAUAUUAAAUUCAGUCGAAAAUGGAACACUUGAUAAUCCUCAUUGUGUAUACAUAGACGGACCUGGGGGUUCUGGCAAAACAUUGAUUUACACAAUUUAUUGA